AGCGUCAGAGAGUGCAAGGAAUCCGCUGCUGGCGUCCGCAAAUCAUAUCCAGACACCACUACUAGAUGUCUUGGUCUUCCGACCAACGCAGACGGGCCCCACCAAGCGGGCACCACAUUUCACGUCGCCAUACUCUGGCUUUAACACUUGGGGGCCCACCUCGGCGUAUGAUUUCUUGCAUCCGAUAAGGUCCAACGUACUGUGUGCUUUUCCCGGCGACCCGCGAAAAGGAAUCAACGGCCGUGCUGUCGCCCCCAGUCUUCACUUCUUAUCCGUGGACUGCCGUAGUCUUCUCCCCUUCCUAAACCUUUCCACCGUUCCCAACUCGAUCAUGGCAAUUCUACCAUUCCCAACUGCUGUCCACAAUCACACAGCUAUUUAAGAGUUCCCCCCGCUGCUCACACCCACGGCUCACUCUAAACCCACACAACAUUUUCUUCUUGACCAGUAGCGCUCAUCUUUUACUUCCCACUUAGAACGAGAAGUCACCGGUGAUGGAUGAACUGAUAGCCGGGCUCCCGAACGACAUAGCGCAGGAGUGUCUCAUCCGCGUCCCCUACGACGGCUUCCCUACGGUCCGCUCCGUCUGCCGCCGCUGGAAGCAAGAGCUCCAAUCCUCCCAAUUCCACAGCCUCAGGAAGACCGCUGGUCUCACCAGACCGGUCAUCGCCCUCGCCCAGGCCGAGCCGGCACUUGCCCCUACUGCAGGCCCAGCCAAGAAGUACACUGCCUCCGCCUCCCCCUCGUACCGCCUCGUCCUCUUCGAGCCCGUGACCGGCGCAUGGAGCUGCCCGCCGCCUAUUCCCGGCCUCCUCCGUGGCCUGCCCCUUUUCUGCCAUCUGGCGGCCGUCGGCCGGGAGCUGGUGGUGGUCGGCGGGUGCGACCCGGAGACGUGGGCCGCCUCUGACGAGGUCCACAUCUAUGACUUCGAGGCCGGCGUGUGGCGUCGCGGGGCCCGGAUGCCCGGCCCCCGGCGGUCCUUCUUCGCGUGCGCCGCGUCGGAGGAGCUCCGUGCCGUCUUCGUCGCCGGGGGUCACGACGAGGAGAAGAACGCGCUGCGGUCGGCGAUGGCGUACGACGUGGUGGCCAACGCGUGGGCCCCACUGCCGGACAUGGCGCAGGAGCGGGACGAGUGCCGGGGAGCCUUCCUGCGGGGCGCCUUCCACGUCGUCGGGGGAUACCCGACGGAGGCGCAGGGCCGGUUCUCGCGGAGCGCGGAGGCGUUCCACGUCGCCUCCAGGCGGUGGGGCCCCGUGGAGGAGGACAAGCUGGAGGUCGGCACGUGCCCGCGGGCGUGCGUGGCGGGUGGCGACGGGCGGCUCUACAUGUGCGGGCCGAGAGGGGACGUAGCGGCGCUUUCGGACGACGGGAGCGGCGCGUGGCGGGCGGUGGCGGAAGCGCCGGAGACCGCGAGGGUGGCGCCGCUCCUGGUGGCCUGGGAGCGGAGCCUGAUGCUGAUCGGCUCGGAGAAGCACGGUGGGGGCCACGUGGGGUACGUCGGGGAGGUGGGGGCGGGAAAGGGGGCGACGACGUGGAAGAGGGUGGCAAUGCCGGAAGAGUUUUCGGGCCACGUGCAGGCGGGCUGCUCCAUGGAGAUAUGAAAACUCGUAUUUUUAACAUAAGCUUUUCCCAAGUGGAUUAUGAUGUAUAGCUGCUACCAGAUUUAAUGGACAUCUGCUAUCAACUAGAGGUAGCGGAAACCAUGCUUAUGGCUUAUGUCAUGGCGGCUCAUCGAUCCCAGUCUUGAUU